GAGUUAUCUCUAUCCUUUGCGGCUGCUGAGAUUGUUGCGGAACUUCUGGUUGCCAAGACGUUUGUUGUGGUCGUUGCGGAGCUGGUUCCGGAGCUGGUGUCGGUUCUGGAAUGGGUGUCGGUUCUGGUUCUGGACCAGUCUUUGGCGCCCGUUCGUAUGGUCUUUGACCGAUGUAAUUGCCUCUGUAGAAGAAGGUAAUGAUUUCCAGUCAAAGCGUUAUUAA